AUGGCACUAAAACCCUAUUUAAAUGCAGUUAGGCACACUCUAAAUGCAGCAUUAUGUGUUCAGAAUUUUUCUUCACAAGUUGUUGAACGUCACAACAAACCUGAAAUAGAAGUUCGAACCUCCAAGGAACUACUACUAAACCCCGUAAUUAUUAGUCGGAAUGAAAAAGAGCGGGUACUGAUUGAAGGGUCAAUUAAUUCAGUUCGUGUCAGCAUUGCUAUCAAACAGUCUGAUGAAAUCGAAAAGCUACUUUGUCGAAAAUUCACUCGGUUUAUGAUGACUCGUGCAGAAGACUUUGUUAUACUUAGGCGUAAACCUGUCCCUGGCUAUGACAUCAGUUUUCUUAUCACUAAUUUUCACACGGAACAGAUGUCAAAGGCAAAAUUGGUUGAUUUCGUAAUUACUUUCAUGGAUGAGAUUGAUAAAGAAAUUUCCGAAAUGCGCUUAGCAGUGAAUUCUCGGGCUCGUCAAUGUGCUGAAGAAUUUUUGAAGGCGUUUGACUAA